AUGCAGGACAAUUCGAAGACAAUACCUGGUGACUGGGAAGACGACCGAUCAUCCAACUCACUGACAACUAGCUUUGCCCUUGGAUCAACAACUUCAAACAAAUCUGAGGCCAAAGGAAAAAGUUACAAACUUUACACAUCAAGGGCACAAGAAAUGUUGCGGGUUCAUAAGCACAAAGAACAGGAGUACGCGGAUCCUAUAUCAUUUGACCGCGACAGCAUUGCCGAAGAACAUUACAGUUGUCUCCCUCCCUUCACUAGUUCUACAAGUCGGAGGGGUAGACCUUCUAAAGCAGCAACUGGUUCAGUUAAUGCUGUUACGAAAUUGAGUAAUGCUUCACCUCCUGUUCCUAUUGCAUUAGGUACUGCUUUUCCCAAUUCAAAUUUGUUGGAAAAUGAAGACGUUGGCGUAAGUAAUACAAAUGUGAGUGUGAAGAAGAGGGUAAGGGAUGAAAAUGCUUUGGGGGCUGCGAAUGAUGGAACCAUCGGCAAUGAUUACCAGGUAAAAAGGUUGAGCAUUGAACAAAUACAUGUGGCAAUUGGUCGGUUUUUGUAUGAAAUUCAGGCUCCCCUGGAUGCAGUGAAGAACUCUGUUUAUUUCCAGCCAAUGAUUGACGCAAUUGCCUCUGGGGGAAAGGAGACUGUGACACCCUCAUAUGAUGACAUUCGGGGUUGGAUGUUGAAGAAUGCAGUUGAAGAGAUGAAGAGUGAAAUUAAGUAUGUGUAA